AUGGGGGUUGUCUGUCUGAACUCUAUGCCUUGUCACUAUGCAAGUUCACUUCUACCUACAGGGGCCAGUGGGGAGCCAUCAUGCCCCACAAAACUCCUCUCCAAGAGGCAGAUGAGGAAGGAAAUGAAGAAGCUGACCAACCAGCUGCAGGUGAUAACCCAGGAGGGAAAUGACCUGAGGGAUAGGCUCAUCCUUAUAACCGAAGGAUCCUUGGAUAAAAGGCCCUACAACAGGCCAAACCCUUUCUUGGAGAAACUCAGGAAGGAGCACAACCAGGUCAUGUUGGACCUCCAGAAGUUGGAGAAAGAGAAUGCUCAAGCCUCAAAGAACCUCACAGAGCUGGACAAGGAGACUGCCUUCUAUUGGGGUGUUUCAAGCAACCUCCACCGCAGGCUUCUGAUGGAGCAGGCUCAGCUGAAGAAGAGGGUGGACAUGCUGAAGCAGGAGAAGAAGAAAGUGCAAGGGGAUUGGGCCCUGCUGCAGCAGAUCUGCAAGGACCAAGAGGAGGAGAUCAGCGAACUGUAGACCCAGAAACAGCA